UCAAUCACGUGACCGGAAACCGGAAGUGAAAGAAUUCUUCUAAAGGGAAGUAACUCUUAACGAAUUUCAACAUAAACCGGGCUGUUGUUGAAAUUUAUAAUUUUGUGGUAUUUUCAAUAAAAGAAACGACAUUUUAUCGAAGAUGUUUUACCACGUGUCAUUAGAACACGAGAUUCUUCUGCAUCCGAGAUAUUUUGGACCAAAUCUAUUGAACAUUGUCAGACAAAAACUGUUUUCUGAAGUUGAAGGCACCUGCACUGGAAAAUAUGGCUUUGUUAUUGCAGUAACCACUAUAGACAAUAUUGGUGCAGGAAUGAUUCAGCCAAGUCGCGGUUUUGUUGUUUAUCCAGUGAAAUAUAAAGCAAUCGUGUUCCGUCCAUUUAAAGGAGAAGUGCUUGAUGCAGUUGUUACUCAAGUAAACAAAGUUGGACUGUUCACAGAGAUUGGACCAUUGUCAUGUUUUAUUUCGCGACACUCCAUCCCAGCAGACAUGGAGUUUGACCCAAAUUCUAACCCGCCAUGCUACAAAACAAAGGAUGAAGAUGUUGUCAUUCAACAAGACGAUGAAAUCCGAAUCAAAAUAGUCGGUACCAGAGUUGACGCCAAAGAUAUAUUUGCAAUCGGCACUUUGAUGGAUGAUUACCUUGGACUUGUAAGCUGAACAAUGCAUGCAGGACUGAUUAUAGACAUUUUCAAUGAUUUAAACUUACUUUAUUGUUUGUAAGAAAAGUGCUUCUUCACAGAUGAGUGAGCAGUUUUGGAAGUCAAUGAUUUGAUAUAUUUCAAGACACACUGGUGUUGAGAAUUGACCAACAUGUUAAAAAACAUUUGUGUUCUUUAUGUCUAUUAUAUAUGACAUUUCAUGUGAACAAUAAUCUUUCAUUUUCACAAUGUGACACGUUACUCAGGCAUCCCAAAUUCAGAUAGAUAAAACAACAAAAAAAUACAUAGAGAAUUAUCAAUAUGUGUAAGGUGACAAUGACUUGCGUAGACAUAUUUUGCAUCUGUUAUUUGAAAAUGAAUGCUGUCUUUUUUGUCAGAAAUAUUAUAAUAAUUUACCAGGUUCCUUUGGACCACUUUUCGAAAAUUAAAGAAGAGCUAGUUUGUAGUUUGACGUGAUUAUUGUUAGAGUUUAAAACUGUUCAAGUGAUAGCAAAAAUAUAGAUGUUGUAAAUAUAAAACCUUUUAGCAUAUAAAAAUUGACUGUG